AAAACAUAAAUUUUGUGUACAAACGACUAUAAACUGAUCAAAAAAGAAGAGUUUUAUGUUAUUUUUUUAGCUUUUUGUGAGACAUUCUUUGUACAUGAUCAGUAGAAGCAAAAUCGAACUAAUAUAUGAUUUUUAGCAGAUGACACCUAGUAGUGAUUUUAUUGGUUGUUCUAUAUUAUGUCAGUUGAUAUGAUAUAAAAGUGGCAAACAUAAUCAUUUUACAAAACUAACAAGAGUGCAUGUUACCAAACAUUUUUUGUAGCCGUUGUCAUUUUGUUUAUGUUUUCCCUCUCUGCUUUAGAUUCUAAGACAAUAAACUGAGUAAAACACAUUCAGCUGUGUUUCAGUCAUUGGAGAUGUCUAGGUGAGACAGAUGAGCAGCAAAGCUGUUUGAAACACUCAGAAAGUGACAGAUACUGUAUGUGUGACUGAACACACGAUAAGUGAUGCUUUAUGAGUGAUAUGAAGAAGAAAAAUGUUUAAGUUGUAUGAAAUGAUUGUGCUUGUGAAAGUGGUACACGUGAACAGUGUUGUACUUUCACCCAGAUUAAGAAGAACUAUCAUGAGUAACAGGAAACCAGCAGCGUUGGAGCACAUUCACUGUGUGAAUCUUGUGAACAAAACAAAAUUUUGCAUAUUCAGAUCAUUGUCUUUAAUCACGUUUUCUUAGUUUUUUUUCUUAUUAUUGUCUGCAAUUUAGGAAACAGGCUAAARAUGAUACCUGAUAGCUUUCUGUAAAUAUAUAUCAGCAUUUAUUUAUCUUUUGUUUUUGAAUGCAUAUCAGAGUUAUUUAGUUGGUACUUGUGAUUUGUUCAGUUUUUAUCUUUGAUUCGUUUUUGUGGUGUAUGUACAAAUGAGAGAAAGUGAAAGUAACACYCCACGACAUGCUGGGAUUUCCCAAUAACUCUGAUUUUUUACUUUUCCAUUGUGGUGUAUCAUAUGCCCUCUGUAGCUUUUUACCAAAAAAAUUGUUAUUACAGAAAAAAUAAGACAUACCAUAUGGGGGAGAAAAAAGUUGAGGGAAUAUGAGUGAACUCUAUACACGCAUCAUCGUGUGUGAGUGUUUGUGUGUAAGGGUGAGGGGCUGUCUCUGAUAUCACACCGCCUUAUAGCAGUCCUUUCUAGGACUGAAUCAAACAUGUGGCCGUUACUACGGUUGGUAGAAUGAAGGAUGUCACAUGGUCCAUUUCCUCUCUCUGGCACUGUAACAAGCCCAUAACCCAUUUCCUCAGCCUUCCUCAGUCGCAACUGACAUCUGUACCUCCAUCUCCAACCGACACACACACACUUACCCACCUGCCUUCUCUGCCUCUGUGUGUACGGUGGUGAUGAAAGACCAUCCAAACAUGAUGCCAAACUCCACAAGGACCCAGCUCGACAAUGCCACGUUAUCGUUGUUUCAGAAUGUGCCCACCAGCGUUGCCAUUUCUGUUGUCUACAUGUUGGUCACAGUCAUCAACCUGACAGGAAAUGGCAUGUCAAUAUGGCUCCUCCUCUUUCGCACCUCCCCCAAGACUCCUUCCAUCAUCUUCAUGAUUAACCUCACCCUAACCGACUUGGCUCUUGGCACUGCCCUGCCCUUUCAGAUUACCUACCAGCUCCAAGGAUACGACUGGACUCUGGGAUCCAACAUGUGCAGCUUCCUGACCAUGGUGUUCUACACCAACAUGUACUGUUCCAUUCUGACCAUGAUGGCCAUCGGGAUUGACCGUUACCUGGGCAUUGUCAAGCCUAUGGCAUUCAGAAAGAACCGGCGGAGAAAGUCUAUUGCGGUCGUCAGCUGUCUCCUGAUGUGGUGUUUGGUGCUGGGCGUUUUGUACCCACUGAUGACCACAGAUUUGACCUAUGACAUUCCUGAACUCAAAAUCAUCACAUGCUUUGACGUGUUGAAGAAAAACAUGCUCCCAUCUGUGGCAGCCUGGGCAUCCUUCCUAUUCAGUCUUGUGUUUGUUCUCUUUUUCUUUCCCUUCUGUGUCACAAUAUUCUGUUAUGUCAGUGUCAUACGCAAGCUGUCCAGUGACUCCAAGACAGCCCAGAAGAAGAGGGUGAUACGUUUGGCUGUUGUUGUUCUUAUUGUGUUUGUGGUCUGCUUUGCUCCCAACAACAUCCUCCUAUUGCUUCACAGUGUGUUUAGACUCUUUUAUGACAAGUCUUUGUACAUGGCUUACAAACUCUCUCUUUGUUUCAGCUGCCUAAAUAGCUGUCUGGAUCCUUUUAUUUACUACUUUGCUUCUAAAGAUUUCCGAAUGAAGUUGAGACAGAUAAUGAAUCUGCAGAGCACAAGUAGUGCAGACUCAAUGAAGAUGGAAAAUAAAGAGACUUUGUACUCUGGCCAAUGAGAUUUCAAAACUUCCUGAUACCUUUGAUACUACAAUGGAGGAAAAGACUUGAAAAAGGAAGCAUCUGUUAGAGCUCUUACAACAUAAUUUCUUCAGCGAUAUUUCAAAAUCAUUUAUAUGACUCUUCAUUUCAGUUAUAAAAAAAACAGGAAAAUGAACAACUGAUCAGAGACAUUGCCAUCUAAGGAUAAACAUCACACACCGUGAAAGUUAUUAUCACAAACUAUGUAGCAAGCUCUUCAGUGAAUUAAUGUAAAUAAAAUAUAUAAGCCAAAUAUACUCACCCAAAGCUAUUUUUUAUAACACGUUUUCUUUUUAUUACUUUGUAUACAUGUUUGCAAAAUGUCUGUUCUAUAAGCUGUGGUAUGUUUUCUGUUUAUGUCUUGAUUAAAACGUUUUAAAUAUA